AUGGGUGCCAAGUAUACCAUCUGCUGCUGUCGUUACUACUUGAACCACAGCAGGGAGGAGAAAAAUGCUAUUUUGCGUAUGCGCACCACCAGAGCUUCAAGACCAGUAGAACAGUUAUCCAGUGAGUCCAGCGACAGUGACACAGAGGAGGAGAGCCUUUUUGGGCCGCAGACUACAAGUCUGAGCACACAGAGCAAUCAGCAAAGCCAGAGGAGUGCUGAACACCCCUGGGCAAGCAUAAACAGACCCUGUGACUCUCCCGUCAGGCGAGGAUCUGACAGAGAGUUACAGGCUUUUAUCAGCAUGAGAGACCAAACAGACAAGGCAACAGAGGAAUGGGAAAAGCUGAAUUAUGACAUACACACUCUGUGCUAUGCCCGGCGAGAAGUCAGAUCUCGAUGGAAGAAAAUCCUGCUGCAGCUAGGUUAUCAGUGCGAGGUGGAUGCCUUGUUGUGUGUGAACAGACAGAGCCAGUUCAGUCAAGACCAGGAGCAUCUAAACAGAGCUACUGAACUGUUGAAACAGCUGCUGGACCACACCUCUCUGUUCCCACAAGGAACCGGACACCAGAACAAAUACCUCUACGUCAUGGACCGCCUGGUGUCCCUGGACAGUGCUGAGGAGUUUGUCAGACUGGCUAAAGAAAAAUAUCCCAUGAAAGAAGGCUGA